AUGUUCUCCGAAUACGCUUCAAAGUUCCUCUCCCACUCACAAGCUAGAAUAUCCGCCGCUGGAGGCAGUUUCUCAGCAAAUCCUAACGAAGCCCCACUCUUUUACUCAGCCGCAGAAUUUGAAGAAGACGAUGAUGAAGAUAACGAUAACGAUAAUGACUCUACAGUAAAACCAUCCUCAAAAAAAAACAACCCAUCUAAAUCUUUCAUCAUGGCUGAAGGUCAUUUAAGAUCGGGCCAAAAUAGUAGCGGUAGAGGCACCCCAUCUCAAACUGGAUCUUCUUCUUCGAGAUACCCAAAUAAUAAUAAUAAUAAUACUCGGUACCCGUCAUAUCAUCACCAUCUACACAGAAAUUCCAGUGACACUACACCUCCUUCAUCUACAACAAGUCCAGUCGGCCCUUCUACCUCAAGAUAUCGAUCUUCCUCAGUCUAUGCAACAACUACAACCUCUUCAUCAUCUUCUUCUUUAAAUAACAACCCUAAAAAAGGUCCCUGGGGGUCUUCCUUCAUGCCAAAAUAUAUCAUGGACGGUGGAUCAGCCGUCGCAACCACUUCUCCAGCAACUACUUCUCCCAGUAGAUCUCUAAUUGGAACAAUUCCAUCACGUUUUAAAUCUACCUUCGAUGACGAAGGUAGCAGCAGUAGCAGCAGCAGUAGCAGUAGUACUAGUGGCAUAGAAGAUAACGGAAAUAUGGACGAUGAGGAAGAAGAAAACGAUUACGACGAAGAAAAUAAUGCUAGUCCUGCAUUUCUAUCAAUCGACGAUAACCCUCAGAAUCGAUUUGCUUCAGCUUCUAUGGAAAGCAGCAUUUCAUCCUUUGAUGAAACCCCACAACCAAGCCUUUACAUGGGUAAUAAUGGAAUUCCAUCCUCCAUUCUCCAUAAUCAAACAGCAACAACACCUUCCUUUUCAGCCUUAAGACGUCCUUCAUCUUUCCUUCCAGAUGCCAGCGGCAUCAAAAAUAGCAUUCUCAAUUUGAAAAACAUUGCAUCCAGUUCCUUCCUCUCUUCAUCACUAUCUCCACAUCAAAUGGAGAGCAUUCAACUCACUCCUCAACAAAUCCCAUUUUCUUCUGCAACCCCCCAAUCCAAAAGCCAGCUCGGUAAUACUCCCUUACAAUACAAUGAUAAUGACCCAGACUACGAUGCCGAAGACCCUCCAGACGACAUUGCAAUCGAACGGCCCCUCCCAUCAUCAGUACUCCCAGGUGUCUCUAUCCCAUUUGACCCCUCCAGUUUUCUCCCAAGACAAACCGACCUCGAGGCUCAAGACGACGAUGUCAUGAGUCGCUUCAUUCCACCAGAAACAAGCACCCAACAACAACCCUCUCAAGACAUGCCCAAGUUUGAUGCCAUUUGGGCAAAUGUCUACCUGGCAUUGAUAUCCAGCAUGCUGGCUACUUCUCUCAUCAUUUGGUUACGAACUGACGUACCCUCGUCCGCCCCCUUUAAAGAUACCAUGUACACCAUGCUCCAAAAAUCAGGUAGGUACCUGUUCAUGGACAUUUUCAUUGCCUCCAUGGCUUCAGUCGCAUGGAUCUUUCUCCUGCGCAGAUACUCCAUGGCCCUCUUUUACCUGUCCAUUGUUGCUGUGCCUACAACUCUCUUUGGAUUUACCAUAUACCCUCUUAUUAUGUCCUACCGAUCAGCUUACGGUGGCAACACAACUCAAGACCGUGUCAUGCGCUGGACAACUAUUCUUCCGCUCACCAUGGGCAUUCUUUGGUGUUAUUUUAUCUACACAGGCCGUGCUGCCCUUAAUAGAGCCCUUGGAAUUAUCCGGCUUGCAUCCUCUAUUCUCGCAGAUAACCCACCUCUCAUUGUUCUGGGCUAUGCCUCAGUCGGUCUCUUUAUUCUCGCCACCUGGCUCUGGCUUCACAUGUUUAUGCGCGUUUUCCUCCAAGGUCAUGCAGUCCUAAACCAUGGGACCACGGGCUGGGUCUUGGACCCCAAAUCAUGGGCGCUUGCCGCAUUUUACAUUUUUAUGUACCUUUGGUCGUGGGGGGUCAUUUCUGGGUUCCAGCGCAGUACUAUCUCUGCCGUGGUGUCUCAAUGGUACUUUUACCGUAACGCCCGGCCACAGCCUUCUCCAGCUGAUAUGACAUACGUUGCACUCCAGUACUCACUCAGCGCCCAGUUUGGAACCAUUUGUCUAUCGUCGCUCCUCCGCUUAGCAGUACGUCUCCCGCUUUACAUUCUCCCACGCCGCGCAGUCGGUAUGUUCCAACUAGCAGUCUACCAUUUUGCUCCAACAUCUAUCAUGGCCCUCACAAACCCCUUGGCCCUGUCCAAUGCCAUCAUCAAUUCGCAAAGCUUAGUCGAUUCUGCACAGGCUAUUGGCAGCCUUCGGUACCUCGACCAUGGCUAUAACAACCCAACCGUCCGCAGUGGCCACUCAUGGACUGCAUACCGUCUUGCCAAAAUGCUACUGUCUGCUGCCCGUGGUGUCAUGUCGCUAGUCCUCGGGUACAGCGCUUGGGUCCAUGCGGCAAUGUAUACUGACGGUAGUCUGUACGGGUACAUGGCGGGACUUAUUGCUGCCUUCAUUGGGUGGUUUGUUUUAGGGGCUUCUGAGGGUAUCCUUAGUAUGGUUGUCGAUGCCGCCUUUUUGUGUUUUGCAAUUGAUAAUGCUGCCCGAGGCGGGCAUUGCACCGAGGCUGACCGGCACUUUGGGGGAAUAUAG